GGGGCGGGGCGGGGAGCCCACCGAGUGCAGGGUCGCUGUCUGGAUCCGGAGCGGGAGCCCUAGGGACUCUCAGGACUGAUUUCUUUCCCCAGCACCCCUAUCUGGCCCAGCGAUGGAGUUUCCGGACCUCGGGGCUCACUGUUCCGAGCCGAGCUGUCAGCGCCUGGAUUUUCUGCCGCUCAAGUGCGAUGCCUGCUCGGGCAUUUUCUGCGCAGACCAUGUGGCCUAUGCCCAGCAUCACUGUGGAUCUGCUUACCAAAAGGAUAUCCAGGUACCAGUAUGUCCUCUCUGUAAUGUACCUGUUCCUGUGGCCAGAGGGGAGCCCCCUGACCGGGCCGUGGGAGAGCACAUUGACAGAGACUGUCGCUCUGAUCCAGCACAGCAAAAACGCAAGAUCUUCACCAAUAGGUGUGAACGCUCUGGGUGCCGGCAGCGCGAGAUGAUGAAACUGACGUGUGAACGCUGUGGCCGAAACUUUUGUAUCAAGCACCGUCACCCAUUGGACCAUGACUGUACUGGGCAGGGAUACCCAACCAGCCGGGCAGGACUUGCUGCCAUCUCGAGAGCACAAAGCCUGGCUUCCACAAGCACCGUCCCCAGCCCUAGUCGGACCUUACCGUCCACCUCUCCCAGCAGAGCCACAACCCAGUCUCCAUCCCAGGCAGCCCCUCCAGUGAUUGCUUUGCAGAAUGGCUUGAGUGAAGAUGAAGCACUGCAACGUGCCCUGGAAUUAUCCCUGGCAGAGACCAAAUCCCAGGUCCCAAGUUCUCAGGAGGAAGAAGACUUGGCUUUAGCUCAGGCCCUCUCCGCCAGUGAGGCAGAGUACCAACGGCAGCAGGCGCAGAGCCGCAGCUUGAAGCCAUCCAACUGCAGCCUGUGCUAGGGUCCUGGGCUUGGGGAGGGAGGCUCGGCUGAGAAGGACUGUGGCCCUCACAUCUCCAGGGUACACAGGGAAAGGAGGUGCAGAGCAGCUUGGAGGACAAAGAUGAGCAGCAGUGAGGCAGAGGCCACUCCUGGAGCAUCAGCAGAGAGCUUGACAAACUGAGCCUAGAAAGGCCCUGCUGGCUCUCUGGCUGCAGGGAGAGAGUGGCUGGGAACUGCUGGCCCUCGGUGGGGGCUACCCAGGCCCCACUCUCAACCCCCUUCAUCAUGUACCCCUCUUACCCUAGGGCUGCCCCGACAUGCAGUGGGCAGGGAGGGGCUGGAAAGAAUAAAGAUCUCGGCAGACAGUAA